UCUCUUGACUGGAAACUCUGGAUUAUGGCCCUAUGUUUUCUUUUCCUCUAAAUGAUUAUAUAGAAAUGCUUGUGAUCUGAAGUCUUCAUUCAUUAUUUUUAUGAUCUGGAAUGAAGGCGUGUUAUUUUUCAUUUAUCCAUCCAUCACUUCCCACCAUUCAUUUCUUGUCAGGUCUUUCAAACACUUUUCAUCCAGUUGUCACCAAACUUAAUAAAAUAUUUAUGGGCAUGUUAUCUCAGACAAGUCCAAUGACAAGCUAAAUCUCCUCCGGAGUACAUACUUUACGUACAUAGUACAUUAAGUAGGUGGGUAUUCUAUUAGGAUAUUGGUAACAACCGGUCUAAAUAGCAUUCGUUCCAAAAAUAACAUCAAAUAUAGAAAUAAAUAGCUUUUUAAAGUAGAAACUGAAAUUCUUUUUCAGGUCCACAUGUCGUUUCUAUAUGUAGGACAUACGCACGAAGACAUUGAUGCCUCAUUCAGUAAGAUCUCAGAAAAACUUAGAACGACAGAUGCAGAAACAGUUCCCCAAUUACUGAAUCUAGUAAGAAACAUUGAAGAUUUAAGUACACUGAAACUAUGGGAUGUUAAGUCAUGGCUAGAAUCUUCACUAACAAAAGUAAAAGGCGUCAGUGAACCGUUACAUUUUAAAAUUACGAAAACAUCUGGAAAAAUAAAGGUUGUUUAUAAAGGGCAACAGCAUCAGUUAUGGACCGUGUUAGAUGGCAGAGGUACUUUUCUCAGAAAUCUACCAACUUCAAAAAUAAAACAGUUAAAACCAAACUAUAAAAACAUUCUAGAAAAAAUUGAGACAAUUAAAAAACAAAUCAGUGCAAUUAGUUACAUGUUUGAAAGCAGUGAAAAUCAUCUUUGGUGGAAAGCUUUUUUGGAGAAAAUAAAUACAGUGAUGCCAAUGAGAACAAAAGAGGAUAUUAUAUGGAUUACCCAACUACCAAAACAGCAAAAAAAAACAACAAAGAAACAUUAAAGACAACCUGGAUCCAAUACUUAAAAAGAUGUUGGAAAAGGAAACAAGUAGACCUGUGUUAUCCUGUGAAAAAAGACGAAAUUUAAAAACCAGCCGAGGGAAGCAGAAGUCGAAAAAAACAGAGCGUAUCCAAGGAGGAAGAAGUGGUGUUAACCGUCAAAGCACUGUAGUACAGGUCAAUAGAAAAAAAACUAAAUCAACAACACCAGCAGUGCCAAAGAGAAACACACAAACAGGAAGGCGAAUCAUGAGAUGGAAUAGCUCAAGAUGGAUCACCAUACUCACCGAUGAUGAGAGGAAAAGACACAUAGGGUUGAUAAUCAUCUUCGAACUUCUGGGACAUUUACUACUGUACAUUAUCUAUGUUUUUAUAAUGACCAGAUGUAUCAAAGAACUUUUUAUUAUGAUGGACAGAGUUUGGAAAGCUAUUUUGUUAGCACACUUGGGUCAAUUUCUGUGUGUUCUUACAGUAAACACACACUUGGAACACUUUUGUUUUGUGUUUUGUAAUGUUAAAAAGUCAUUUCCGUGCAGUUUAUUGGUUUCGUAUCCUUCCAGGCAUUCACUUAGUAUUACGCAAUAAACAGAUCAGCACAUUUUUAAUAUCACUGGAAGACAAAGCACUCAAAGGUAUCAUUGUGAUCUCCUUUUUGUCCGUUGUCAAUCUGUACGUCUGUUCACAUUUAGUUAUAUAAGGCUUGGUCAGACUGUUUGUCUUCAUAAAAUCUCGGCCAAGUUCGACAGUGGAUCAUGUGGGUAUAAAAAGUAGUUCACUAGAUCAAAUUACAGAUAAACCUUGUGAACACUCUAGAAAUUUUUAAGUGUUACGGUAUUGGAUCACUAAUAGAGAACCUCCUUUUUUGAAGAAAAUUCCUAGUACCAUCAACCUACUUUUACAGCAAUUUUUAGGGGGGUGUAGGUUCAAGCCCUACUGGGACCAAUUUUUUUUUCCUUUUUAUACGCCCGUUUGAAAAACGGGACGUAUUAUGGGAACGCCCCUGGGCGGGC